AUGCAGUCGGCAUCAAAACAUACUGUAAGAUAUAAUUGGGAAUGUACUUUGGGUACACGUUUAUGGACAUGUUCCGGGAGUAAAAGAUGUGGAAAUACAUAUGGAUCUUGCAUUGAUGUGCCAAGUGAACCACUGGAUACUAAUGGGAGAACAAUAUUGAUUGUGUUCGGAGUUAUUACUUUUCUUGUUAUUGUGGCGGGUAUAUUGUUUACUUAUUAUUAUCGUCGUCGACAACGACGACAACAGCGAGCUGCAAGAGAAUUUGGUUUUGUAUCUCGAAUUGCUUUUCAGAAUCCACAGCAACCGCCCUUUCAAUCCUUAGAAGUUCUCAAUUGCCGUACAUUUAUCAAUUCAAGCAAUGAUAUACCGCCGACAUAUCAACAAGCUACUCAAAAUAAGCAUGGUAACAUAGAACAUGAUUUGAAAUAA